UUAACGUUGACGCAGCUGAAGAGGACACGCACAUUAUUAUUAUUGUGACUUUGGGGAAAACAACACAGCGAACACUGCAACAGCUCGUGUGUGAAGCUAACGUUAGCUUCUGUUUACUUAGCCCACCUGCUAACUGACGUUAUCGUUCACUAGCUUAGUUUUUACUCCGUGACUGGACGUCAGUGUUUAACCUGACAGAUCUGUGGUUUGAUAUAAAGUCUAUGUUCGCAGCUGUGUAGACAACAUUGUGGAGAUGGUGGACAUGGACGAAGAGAACUUUGCUGUUUCCAGUUCCUCUGCGACAGAUUCUGCUUUCGAUGCCGUUAUCGGUUGCAUAGAGAACAUCAUCAUGGAGGAGGAGUUUCAGCAGCUUCAGCAGAGUUUCAUGGAGAAACACUACCUGGAAUUUGACAACUCUGAUGAGAACAAACUCUGCUACACAACCAUCUUCAAAGAAUAUGUUGAUCGACUGGAGAAACACUUGGAGCAGCAGCUGAUGGAGAGAAUCCCAGACUUCAACAUGAACACUUUCAUAGAGCUGCUCAUGCAGCACAAAGACGAGGUGGCAGGGGACAUCGUUGAAAUGCUGCUGACCUUCACAGAUUUCAUGGCCUUUAAGGAGAUGUUUCUGGAAUACAGAGCUGAGAAGGAGGGCCAAGGUCUGGACCUGAGUCAGGGACUGGUGGUUACACCUCUAAUCUCUUCAGGCCUCAAACGCAACAGCUCCCCUGAAUCACAGUGAUGAUGAGUUGUGUUAUUGACUUUUUUUUUUAACCCUGGUGUCGAGCGUGCAAAAACAGCCCCUGAAGACAAUUCAUUUAUGCAUUCCAGUGUGUUUUUUUGUAUUGUUGGGAUGAUUGUUUAAACCUCUCUCUUGUUAAAUAGUGAAGAUGGAAGGAUUUGACUUUGUCGUACUCCACUGGACAUAAAGACUACUUGAAGUAUUCACAUCUCUUUUUAAUUUUACAAGUGAAGGACCAUCCUCUUUUUCAUGUGAUUUAUUUUUUAUUUUUAUUAAGCAUCUAUGAUCAGUAAAGAUCCUGGCUGCACUGUUAGACUGUCUAAAAGAUAUCAACAGUUGUAGGGUACAAAUCUAUUUGCAUCUCAACAACUCAAAGUCAGACAUAAUAUCGUUCCACCCACUAAGCCCCCUCAAUCAGAUUGAACUCAGCCUUGGUACCUGGUCAAUCAAAAAAAUCCCAGUUUCCAGAAACCUAGAAGUUUGUUUGACCAAUCACUCACUUUCAAAUCACUAAUCAAAAAAGUAGUCCAGUCCAAAAUUAAACCAGAACUUUCACACCCGGACUUAUAUAAAGUAAUUCACGCACUAGUCUUCUCCCGACUGGUUGACUGUAACUCCCUCUUCUCUGGCACGAGCCAAAAGUCACUCUCACGCCUCCAACUGGUUCAGAACGCAGCAGCUCGGCUUCUCACUGGUCUGAGAAGGCAACCUCUCAUCACCCUGUGCUUCUCUCCAUUGGCUCCCUGUCCGUAUUAGAAUUGAUUUAAAGAUUUUACUGAUCCUCUAUGUGCCUGCACGCAGCCUUAGAUCCUCAGGUGGAUCCUGCUUACUGUUCCAAAGUCGAGGUUGAAAACUGAAGGUCACUGUGUGUAUUUCAACAGGGCCCCCCUCGGCUUUGGAACGUCCUACCUGAGGAGAUAAGGCAGAGUCAGGGACUUCUUUUAAAUCACUUCUUUAAACCCAUUUUUAUAGAUUUGCUUUCAUGUGAUUCUGUGAUUUCAUCAUUUUCUUUUCAACUUUUAUUUGACUUGUUCACUUAUUUUAAAUGUCAUUUUUACUGCUUUUACGUGUUCAUUUUUUUAUUUAUUGUUCUUGUUUUGUUGUCAAAGCAGUUUGUAAACUGUUUUUUUUAAAGUGCUGUAUAAAUAAAGUUUAUUAUUA